AUGUCCGCCCCUCCUUCUUCUGAUGCUCCUUGGUCACUGGCUGGCAAGACCGCCAUUGUGACUGGAGGCUCCCGUGGCAUUGGACAAGCGAUCUCGAUCAAUUUGGCACGCAAAGGCUUGUCAAAGCUAGCCAUCACGUAUGCAAGCAACAUCAAGGCUGCGGAGGAAACCCUGAAGAUAUGUCAGGAGCUCGGAGUGAAGCAGGCAGUAGCCAUCCAGGCAGAUGCCCUUGAUCCUGAAUUUGGGCCUAAAACUAUCGCACAGACCUUAGAGCGCUUGGACACCACAGUUAUCGAUAUCCUCGUCAAUAACGCCGUCCUGGCCGACCAUACUAAGGUACUGUCUAUCAAAGACACGACCUUGAACAUCUUUCUCGAGAUUAUGCAAGCCAACGUUUACGCCCCAGUCUCUCUCACUACCUCCCUUCUACCUCAUCUACCUGAUUAUGGGGGCCGUGUGAUCAACAUCUCCAGCGUUCUGGCCUACCAGGGCAACACUGAUCCAACCGUUGCAUACGGAGCCAGCAAGACCGCUCUCCAGAGCUACACGCGAUCAUUCGCUGAGAACUUUUCGAAGUCUAAAAACGCUACCUUCAACAGUGUCGUUGUUGGUCUUACAGCUACGGACUCGAUCAAGGCCAGUCAGCACAUGAUGCCCCCGGGAUUUCUGGACGGGCAGAUCAGGGACACAACCGCUGGAGAUAGAAUUGGCGUUCCUGAUGAUAUUGCCUAUGUUGUUGGAUUCCUUGCAGGCGAAGAGGGCCGGUGGGUUAAUGGGGCUGCUGUUAGUGCGAAUGGUGGUAACAGGCUUCUUAUUCCUGCACUUGGUUAA